AUGUCGUCAACUUCGUUCAAGCUCAACACCGGCGCCACCAUCCCUGCCGUCGGCCUCGGAACUUGGAAGUCUGAGCCCGGUGAGGUGCGCAAGGCCGUCGCCUACGCCCUCAAGGACGGCUACCGCCACAUCGACGCCGCUCUCAUCUACGGCAAUGAGAACGAAGUCGGCCAGGGCAUCAAGGACAGCGGUAUAUCGCGCGAGGACAUCUUCAUCACCAGCAAGCUGUGGAACACCCACCAGACGAACGCGAAGGAGGGCCUGCAGAAGACGCUUGAUGCCCUUGGCACCGAUUACCUCGAUCUCUACAACGAAACAAGCGACCUCCUCCCCGUCAACCCCGACGGCACUCGCUCGGUGGACCGCUCCUGGGAUCAGAGCGAGACCUGGCGCCAGAUGGAGGAGCUCUACGCCUCCGGCAAGGUCAAGGCCAUCGGCGUCGCUAACUGGUCCAUCCCCUACCUCGAAGACCUGCGCAAGACGUGGAAGAUUGUGCCAGCCGUCAACCAGGUCGAGCUGCACCCGUACCUCCCGCAGCACGAGCUCAGGGCGUACUGCGAGAAACUCGGCAUCCUGCUGGAGGCGUACUCGCCUCUCGGAUCAACCGGCGCCCCCAUCAUGUCCGACUCCGAGAUCCAGCAGAUCGCCGCCAAGCAUAACACCUCGGCGGCCACCGUGCUGAUUAGCUAUCACGUGAAUCAGGGCGUCGUCGCGCUGCCCAAGUCUGUAAGCGAGGCGCGCAUCACGAGCAACAGGCAGGUUGUGGAGCUGUCCAAGGAGGAGCUGGAGCUGCUCAAUGGGCUGGCGGCGAAGGGCAAGGCGAAGCGCAUCAACACGCCUUUGUGGGGCUUCGAUCUUGGGUUUGCUGAUUGGUAUGGUCCCGUAGAGUCUAAGUAG